AUGGAUGCUGCAAGGUUACCACAACCGUUAAGCUUGGACGGAAAUGUAUCAGAAAAUUUCAAAAGAUUUAAACAGGCAUUUGAAAUUUAUUUAGUAGCGGCAGAGAAAGACAACAAAAAAGAUGAAAUUAAAAUAGCAUUGUUAUUAAAUUCGAUUGGAGAAGAGGCAGUUCAAAUUUAUAAUAAUUUUAAAUUGUCGGAUGAAGAAAAAAAGAGAUAUAAUAAAGUGAUGGAAGAGUUUGAGAAGUAUUUCAAUCCAAAGGCAAAUGUGGUCUAUGAAAGGUUCAAAUUUUAUAAGAAAAAACAAUUAGAAGGAGAACCAUUUGACAAUUUCCUACAAGAGCUACGAAAACUAGUGAAAACAUGCAACUUUACAGAUGCUGAUGAAAUGGUAAGAGAUAGAGUUGUAUUAGGAAUAUAUGAUAAAGGAUUGCAAGAAAAAUUGUUAAGUCAAGAGGAAUUAACAAUGGAAAGGUCUAUGGAAAUUUGUAGAGCGUUUGAAGCGACAAAAACACGAUGUAAAGAUGUUCAAGAAUCAGUGGAUAAAAAAGUAGAAGUAGUAAGAAAAAAGUUUGGGUUUCAGAAGAAGAAUGAUGAAAAACACACAAACAAAAAUAAAGAUGUGUUUAGAAAAGAAGAAUUCAAAUGCAAAAGAUGUUUGAAGAGACAUAAGUAUAAAGAAUGCCCAGCCUAUGGAAAAGUAUGCAAUAAUUGUAAAAAAUAUAAUCAUUUUACGAUUGCGUGCAAAGCAAAAAGUGUUUAUACUGUAAAAACCGACAUAGAGGGUAGUGAAGAAGAAUAUACUGUGGGACUAGUAAAAAUUGGGCAAGUGAGACAAAAAGGAGAAAGAAAGGAAUGGAUAGAAACAAUAGAAGUUGAAAAUAAUCCAGUAGAAUUUAAAAUUGACACAGGGGCAGAAGUCAAUAUAUUGCCAAAAGAAGGAAUAAAAAGCUGGAAAAAACAAAAAAUGGAAAAAACAGGUAUUAUAUUAGAAGCCUAUGGUGGAAAAAAGUAUAAACCGAUCGGAAUUGUAAACAUGAACUGUAGAUUUAAACACAUUGUUAAAAAUAUUAGCUUUGUAAUAGUAGAUAUAAAAAGUAAACCAACAUUAGGAUUGGAGGCUUGUGAGUUGUUCGAAUUAGUUAAGUUAGCUAGUAUAAACAUAAUAGAUGAGAUUAAAUCAAAAGAAAUGUUUGUAAAGACAUAUCCUAAGUUGUUUGAAGGGUUGGGAAGAAUUAAAUCAAAAGUAGGAUUCAAGAUUAAUCCAGAGGUUCCAAAAAACAAGCUAGAUGAACUGUGUAAAAGAGAAAUUAUACAAGAAGUUGAAGAAAACAAUUGUGAUUGGGUAAGCAACUUAGUAAUCGUUGAAAAACCUGAUGGUACAAUUAGAUUGUGUAUUGAUCCAAUGGAUCUAAAUAAAGCUAUAGUAAGAGAGCAUUUCUUAAUUCCAACAUUAGAUGAAAUUACUGCUAAAUUGUCCGGUAAAAACAUAUAUACUGUAUUAGAUUUUAAAGAUGGAUACUAUCAGUUGGAAUUAAACGAUGAAUGUAGUAAUGUCUGUGCAUUCAAUACGCCAUAUGGAACUUAUAAAUUUAAAAGAUUGCCUUUUGGUUUGGCAUGUGCACCGGAAAUUUUUCAAAAAAUUAAUUAUAAGCUUUUUGGACAAAUAGAAGGUGUUGUGGUUUAUUUUGACGAUUUGUUGAUAAUGGCGGAAAAUGAAAAAGAACACGAUGAAAUUUUAAAUAAAGUAAUGAAAAUAGCUACUGAAAAUGAGAUUAAAUUCAAUAAAAAUAAAAUUCAGUUUAAACAGACAAAUGUGAAAUAUUUAGGACAUCAUUUUAAUAAAGAUGGUAUGAGCAUCGAUAAAGAUGCGUCGCAGGAUGGGUUAGGUUGCGUAUUGUUACAGGAGAAAAAACCUGUUGCGUUUGCUUCUAGAGCACUGACGGAAGCAGAGAGGAAGUAUCCUCAAAUAGAGAAAGAAUUCUUAGCCAUCGUUUUUGCUUGUAUAAAAUUUCAUCAAUACAUAUAUGGCAGACAGGUGGAAGUAAUCAGUGACCAUAAACCUCUCGAAGUGAUUAUAAACCAAAAUAUUGACAAAAUAAAAUCGAUCAGAAUUCAACGUUUGAGACUUAAAUUAUUGAAAUAUAGUAUAACUGUAAAGUAUGUUCCUGGAAAAGAGUUGUUAAUUGCAGAUUAUUUAUCGAGAAAUUAUUUGAAACAUAAAGGUAAAGAGGAAUUAGAUGAGGUAAAAAAUAUAGUUCACAGAAUUAUUCAUAAUAUUAGUAUAUCCGAUGAACGAAAAGAGUUAAUUAGACAAGUGAUUAAAGACGAAAAAACAUUGAAACAAGUUAAAAGUUUUAAUAGAUUUGGUUGGCCAAAGGAACAAAAACAAUUUUCAACAGAACUACAACAAUACUUUGCGAUUGAUUAUACCUAA